ACGGAAUACUCCGUACUCCGUUCACGGAGCCCGAACCAGGUCUUUCCACUGUCCUCAUCUUUGCAUGACAGGAGCAGUCCUUCCACCGUGAAUCUCAUCCAGCAAUAAUCACCGACGACCCAAAUUCGGUGCCUCAGCUCGUUCAGACAUAACACGUGCUCUUCUCUCCCUGCGCCUCCCGCCGCUAUGCGAGUUAUCAUCGUGGGAUCGGGCCUCAGCGGCUUGAUCAUGGGCCAUUGCCUACUCCAGGCCGGCAUUGAUGAUUUUAUCAUCCUCGAACGCCGGAGCAAUCCCGCGGAGCGGAGCGGGUCUGUCAUUGGUGCCUUUCCACAGACGUUCCGGAUCUUCGAUCAGCUUGGCCUGCUGCAUGACUUCCAGAAGCUCUCACAACCUUUGCAUCACUGGAUUCACCUGGACUCUCAGGGUCGGACGAUUUACGAUGGCGAGUUUUUCGACUUGCUCGAGACCAAUCAUGGGCACCCUUCAAUGCUUUUCAUGCGGUGCAACCUCAUGGAGGUUCUCUACUCCAGGUUACCGAACAGGGAGCGCUACAUUUUGCCGAACAAGAAAGUCACCGGCGUGGAGCAAGACGGCUCCUCAGUCACGGUCACUUGCGCAGACGGCUCGGUAUUCACCGGCGACGUGCUAGUUGGCUGUGACGGCGUGCACAGCGUCGUCCAGCGUACCGUCUUCCCACCACCGUCAAAGCCUUUUCCGGUUUCCGAGUAUCGCGGCCUUUUCGGGUCGAGCCCACGGCCCGACGGCAUUGCGCCGUGCAGCAUCACCGAGACGCACAACAACGACAUCGUCUUCAUGAUCUUGUGCACGCAGGACACGGCAUUUUGGCUCGUCACAGACCGCAAGGACAAGGGCGCGCUGGGCAGGCAGAGAUACUCCCCAGAGGACAUCCAGGCGUUCGUGGACAAGCACGAGAGCCACUCGGUGGCGCCGGGAAAGAAAGUCACCUUCGGUGACCUGUGGCGGACCAGGAACAUGGACCCUGGGCCGGGCAUGUACGAUUACCACGAGGGCAUCGCCGAGCGGUGGUAUAACGGACGGGUGGUGCUUGUCGGAGAUGCCGCCCAUAAGAUGACCCCCAAUCUCGGCCAAGGCGGCAACAACUCCAUCGAGUCCGUCGCGUCACUCGUCAACCAGCUCAACGCGCUGGUCAAGAAGACUCCCCAUCCAACGGUCGCAGAGCUCGAAGAGGCCUUUCGCCGAUACCAGAAGGAACGUGAGGGGCGGGUGAAGCUCAUCGGCGGGCUGACAGGGCGCUAUACGCGGUGGACGUCCUGGCGGAGCUGGUUCGGCAGGUUCGCCCAGUGUUGGUUGUGGCCGCUCGUGGGCGACCGCUUCAUUGUGAACCGCCUGCUGUCGCCCAUGAUCAGCGAGUGCAUCAAGCUGGAUUUCGUGGGAGAGAACGACCUCCCGAAGGGCAAGGUGCCGUGGAAGCACCUCUGAUUGAAGCGAAGCUUCAAGGACGAGCCUUUCGAAUGUGUACUGCGUACACAGAGGAAACGAGGAAGGAAGCCUCGGUUCGUUUACCAGGCAUAUCCUCCCGAGUUUUCGCUGCAGCGAUUGGAUGCCACAGCUAUGGCGGUGGAGUUGUCUCCCUGCUAACGUCCAUCUGUCCUCCAUCUUAUUUAGCUGUAUCCCCUUUCGGUGUCGAUCCUAUAUCGAUGUACACUAGAAUAGUGAUAUCUAGGUAUUGACUUCGCUGACGGCUUGGGCAACGCGGGUCUCCUGGGCAUCGGCAUUACACGCAUGGCAUCAGCCUCACCAAGCUU